AUGUCACGACGCGUUGAGUUUGAUACAAUCACGCCCGCGCCGCCGUCACCCGCUUACUCGCGACCUUCCACACCGCCUUCCCUUGAACCCCGCACGUCUUCGUACCCGCCUUCGGAGAUCCUCCAGUCGAUUGGUGAUGGCGUCUUGACGACGGAGGCGACAAGACAAUCAAGCUUGCGGAACCUGAACCUCGAGCAGGGAGAGGGAACCGGCGUCUCGCUUCCUCCGACGGACAGAGGUCGAGGAGCGUGGGAAUUCGCCCUGGCAGCUUUUAUCCUCGAAACCUUCAUCGCAAGUCCCGACGCUCCGCCUUGGGGCUACAGCUACUCCUUCGCCACAAUCCUAGUAUACCUUCAAAGCACUCCGCCAUGGUCUUCCUCAUCGCUCUCCGCCCUCUCCGCCAUCGGAUCCUGCCAGAUCGGAAUCCAGUUCUGCUUGUCACCUUUCGUCGUGAUUGUCUUCCGACGGUACCCUGACUGGGUCAAGGCCAGCCUCUGGGUCUCGCUUGUCGUCAGUUGCGGCAGCAUGCUCCUCUCGAGCUGGGCGACCAAGGUCUGGCAACUCAUCGCCUUGCAGGGCAUCAUAUGCGGAGCGACUGGCGCGAUUCUGUACACUCCCGUAUGGAUCUGGCUCAUCGAGUGGUUUGUGGAGCGUCGCGGACUUGCAGGCGGCAUCAUCUGGAGCGGAACAGGCAUCGGCGGAUUCGUCUUUCCCUUCCUCUUCUCCGGCCUACUAUCCAAAGUCGGCUUCGCCUGGAUGGUCCGCGUCUGGGCCCUCAUCACGGCCGUCGUCUUCGCGUUCGCCGUCUACAUCGUCAAACCUCGCAUCCCGCCGCCAAGGGUCAGGAAGGGCGAGCGUGGUCCUUGGCCGGCUUUCCCUUGGAAGGUCUUGAUCGAUCCGAUCUUCGUGGGCAUGGCUCUUGCCUCUCUUUUCGCCUCACUCUCGACCUUCCCCGUAUCGCUCUACCUCGCUACCUACGCCUCGUCGCUCACCACUUCGGCCUUUGCGGCGGAGAUCGUCGUGGGGAUAUACAAUAUCGCCGCAUCAGUCGGCUGCACCGCGUUAGGCUACGUCUCGGACUUGUCGUACACGGGCGCGACGAUCUUGUGUGGCGUCCUCGGGACAGCCAUUGCGCUAUUCGCGUGGGGAUGGGCGGACACGCUGGCGAAGACAUACGGUUUCGCGGUCUUGUUUGGCUUUUCCUCGCAGAUGAUCGUUGCGUGGUCCGGCGCUACCCGCGACGUAGCAGGUCAAGACCCCUACGCCGCAGCGCUCGUCUACUGCCUCCUCUCGGUCGUCCGCGGCGUCGCGUCAAUGGUCAUGCCGCUCGUCUCGCAAAAGCUGUAUGACCCAGCGCAGAAGGGUGAUGCGACGAGCUGGGGACGUUUCGGAUUCUUGCGGAUGAUCGUCUUUGUGGGAGUGACGUCGUUCGUGUCGGCAAUUGCGGGCGUCGCGCUAGAAUUCAUGCGGCGGAAGUACAAGAAGGCGUAG